UAAUCAAUUUAUUUAUUUAAGCUUUUGCAACUUCCUUCCUUCCUUCCUUCCACUGCGAAACUGGCCCCACCUUUUCACCCAACUCGUUCGUUCGUUCCAACUUCUCUCUGCAUUUUCCUUUCCUUCAAUUUCUCUCCGAUAAGGUUUUUUUAGCUGUUGAGUAUUGUUGAUUGAUGAUUCAUAAAGAUUAAAAGACAAUGGUAUCGUCUCAUGGGAAUGCACACUCGGAUACUGCAAGGAUGGAACAAAUAAUCACUGAAUUUUUUGCGAAAAGUGUUCAUAUAAUACUUGAAUCGAGGGCACUUUACGCGUCCUCGCGUAAUUCAUAUGGUGGUUAUAAAUCAGAUUCAUCGUCUUCUUCGUCCUCAUCCAGUGUUAGGCCGAGGGAUAAAUGGUUCAAUUUGGCACUUCGGGAGUGUCCAGUGGCGUUAGAGAAUAUUAACAAUCACGAGUGUGUUAUUGUUGAUGUGAUUUUGGUUCAUAGGUCUCUAGAUUGGGAUCCCAUGAUCACAAAAAAGGUUCUUUGUAAAGAAAGAUAUCCACUUUGCUGCAGUGGGGCAGAAUUGGGGGUUGACGCGAAGAGUGAAAAGAUUGUAGAGAGAUGGAUUGUGCAGUAUGAGAAUGGGAAGAAGAUAAAGAAUUCUAAUUUAGGCACUAGAAGGUCAAGUAACAAUUCCUUGCAAAACUUGUAUAAGAAAUCAACGUUACUUUUGAGGUCUUUGUAUGCUACAGUUAGACUUUUACCUGCAUAUAAAACUUUUAGAGAUCUUAAUUCGUCUGCACAUAUUCGUCCCUUUACCCUUGCUCACCGGGUGUCUUCUUUUGUUGAGCCGUUCACCCGAAAACAAGAGUCAGAAAUGAUGAAAUAUAGGUUUACUCCUGUGGAUACUUCUUCUGGUAGGCUCUGUCUUACGGUGAUGUAUUGUCCUACGGCCUCGGAUUUGAGCUGUGAGCAAUUACCUUCUAUGUCCCCUCAAGUUAUUUCUGACUAUGUUGGAAGUCCAUUAGCUUCUCCAUUGAGGAGGUUCCCAUCACUUCCUUUGUCGGGAUUGCCAUGUCACGGCUGUUCGUCGCCAAGGCGACAUAGUUGGAAUUUUGAUGACAGUAAAGCCUCAUCUACUUACAUUAAUGAUUCAUCUUUGCCUCUACAUUCAAAAUCACAAAUAUUAUUGUCUAAUACAAGUUCGCGGCUGCAUGAUUUGCCACCAAAUCCUCACUUAAGAGGUUCAAGGUGUACUUAUAAGAUUGAUAGAAAUACAAAUGUGAUGCAAACUGGUGCUACAUCUGAGAAGGUGUUUUCUCUAGGAAAAGAUGAGCUCCAAAAAAAUUCUGGAGUCAGGAUAUCAGCUAACAGCUUUCCGUUUCCACGUAUUUCAAUUUCCAGUAGGUUUUACCUGGAUGAUUUUGAUGAUACUGAUUUUAGUUGUCCAUUUGAUGUGGAUAAUGAUGAUAUGAAGAAUCCAGGAAGCAGAACAAAAUCUUUAGAUCGUGGUCAUGUGGCUGAGGCACUUGAAGCUGGAGGAUUCUUUCCCAUCAGAAAGUCCAAUUAUGCUGCUGUCGGUGCGCUUGUACAUAUGCUGAAGAAAGCACCACCUCUCCAUCAAGAUUUUUACACUUCUGAACACCCGUCAGUACAAUGUGGAGGGCUGCGACUAACAGCAAUUCCCUCAUUGAGAGAUAAUCGCACAACUAAACCUAUGAAGAUAUCCGUUCAGAAACCAAAUAAAGAAAACCUAUCGCAUGGCACACACUGUGAAACUCGGAACAACAUUCAAGAACUCAAUAAGAACCAACAGGCAUCCAUAUCAACUAGGAAAACAACAAGGGAUGCAUUGGAAGAGUUCCAUGGUUACAGGGAGAUGAAAAACUUGUUGGUUAUGCGAGAUAUUAAACCACAGAUAUAAUAAUACAUAGUAAGUAUAUUACACUUACGCUUCUGCCAAAUGGCGUUCAUGCUGAUGUUAAAUAAGUAAAACACAUGUAUAGUUUUUUCCACGAUAAAUCAGUCCAGUUGAUGAAUAUGUUCAUUGUUUUGAAAAUAUUUGUAAAUAUGAUGAUUAGGUAUAUGUCUGUUGGAUUUUUUAUCUAGUGAUGAUGGGGUCUGAUCUGUCAGGCCUGGUACGGCCAUA